GUGUGUGAGAGAUGAACACACCUGAGGAGAGUGUGUGAGGUCAGAGGUCAGAGCCUUCAUCCGUCUGUCUGUCUGUCUGUAGCACACAUCUGUAUCCUGUCUGUCUCACAGCACCUGUCUGUCUCUCCGUCUCACACUCGUCCAGAAAAACAUCAUUGUUUCAGUUCAGCUUAUCUCUGCUCUCCCAAAUAUCCUGUUUCUUCGAGCUGCGCGUCCAGAACCAAUAGAAAGCUCUUCCUGCUGCAGGCUGACUUCACUUCCAGCUUUAGCACAAUCUCAUCCGCUCCAAACCGAGCUCGGCAGAACCACGACUCAGACGCGCUGCCGUAAACACACACACAGACACACACACAAACACAGGAGCGGCGUGAGGACGGGCCCGUCCGGCUCCAGCAUGGCCAGCACCAUCAAGGAGGCGCUGUCGGUGGUGAGUGAGGAUCCGUCUUUAUUCGAGUGUUCGUACGGAGCGCCUCAUUCUAAGACGGACAUGACGGCGUCCGCUGCUGGUGAAUACGGCCCGAGCAAACUCAGUCCCAGAGUGCAUCAGCAGGACUGGCUGGCUCCGCCCCCUGGACGCAUCACAGUCAAGCUGGAGUGCGGCGCGGGAUCCAGGGCCUCUCCUGAUGUGUGUGCUGCGGUGAAGGGUAAGAUGUCUCCGGUGAUGUACAGCAGCUAUAUGGAGGACAAGCACGCAGCGCCGCCCAACAUGACGAGCAGCGAGCGCCGAGUGAUCGUCCCUGCAGACCCGAGCCUGUGGUCAGCGGAUCACGUGCGUCAGUGGCUGGAGUGGGCCGUGAAGGAGUACGGGCUUCCCGAGGUGGACGUGUCUCUGUUCCACAGCAUCGACGGGAAGGAGCUCUGCAAGAUGAGCAAAGACGACGUCCAGCGCCUGACCAGCAGCUACACGGCCGACAUCCUGCUGUCUCACCUGCACUACCUCAGAGAGACUCCACUUCCUCACUUGACUUCAGAUGAUGUUGACAAAGCCUUGCAAAACUCCCCGCGGUUAAUGCAUGCUCGUAAUACAGGAGGAGCCAGCUUCAUCUUCCCAAACGCCCCCGUCUUCCCUCCAGACGCCAGCAGAGGGCCCAGCCGAGCAGACCUGAGUUUGGACGGCCGGCGCUCUGGAUGGACUCAGCCGGUGUCUGCAGCUAAAGUUUCUCAGAGUUCUGCUGCCAUCAUGACCAAACCAGAAGAGCAGAGAGCUCCGUUAGAUCCAUAUCAGAUUUUAGGGCCGACGAGCAGCAGGCUGGCGAAUCCAGGUUCGGGUCAGAUCCAGCUGUGGCAGUUCCUCCUGGAGCUUCUGUCCGACAGCUCCAACUCGUCCUGCAUCACGUGGGAAGGAACCAACGGCGAGUUCAAGAUGACGGAUCCGGACGAGGUGGCGCGGCGCUGGGGCGAGAGGAAGAGCAAGCCCAACAUGAACUACGACAAGCUGAGCCGAGCCCUGCGCUACUACUACGACAAGAACAUCAUGACCAAAGUGCACGGGAAACGCUACGCAUACAAGUUCGACUUCCACGGCAUCGCGCAGGCCCUGCAGCCGCACCCGCACUCCUCCAUCUACAAGUACCCAGCCGAGCUGUCCUACAUGAGCUCGUACCCGCACCCGCAGAAGAUGAGCUUCGUGUCUCCACACACUCAGGCCAUGAACGUCGCCUCGUCCGGCUUCUUCAGCGGCCCGGGUCCGUACUGGAACGCUCCGGCGGCGGCGGGAAUCUACAGCGGCCCGCGACACCCCGCCGCGCACAUGCCCUCGCAUCUGGGCUCCUACUACUAGAUGCCCCCAACAUCUCAAAACACCAAACCCUCCGCCGGCGCUGCUGCCAGAGAAACACUCACCGUAUUUAGACAGGAGACCGUCCGUGAUCCAGAAGCUUAGCGGGAAUGUGAACGUGGCUGUAUAACAUGUUAAUGAGCCGCUGCAUGAUCAAGUAUAUAUGUUCACAUCUACCUUAUUGUACAAACAUAUCAGAGAGAGUUCAGAAGGUCUGAGAGAAGAGAGAAGGUGAGAGGAAGACAGGACUGAGGUAUGUGAGAUGAUGAAGAAUGACGGCCGUUCACAUGAAGGGCGAUAACGUAGGGCUGCACGAUUACUUGCUCAAAAAAUAUAAUCACGUAUUUUGUAUUUCAUCAGAUUGAUUGCAGUUUCACAUAAGCAUAAAUCAACUUGCUUUCGAUUUAGAUUCAGCAAGCAGCGCAAACAGACUGGCUCAGACACCAACUUUUUCCAUAAUGUAGAGAGAGCGCGUGCACAUGGUUGCCAAGUUAGUAAAUAACCAUCUGGGUCGUCAAACCCACAGUUUUACUGUUAUGCGGGUUGUUUUUGAAGUCCGCAGGCUAAAGCGAUCUCCCCAGAACACUAUUUUGAACAGAAACCACAUAAAACAUGAUUGGGCAUGAUUUAAUUAUCAAUUAGGCUGUUUUUUUUUUGUUUGUUUUUUUGCAGACCUGGCAACCCUGCAAACCACUGGACAGAAAAUGUAUCGAUUUAAGAGAAAAGUUUUGAUAGGGGGAUUUAAACACUUGGCAUCUGGCAACCAGUGACACAAAUCAACGAUAUCGUUGGAAUCACUUUCAGGGCGAUUUGUUUUUUCAGACGAUGAACGAUAAAAAACAUUGACAGCCAAUUAUAAUCCACCGUCUAUAAAGAGUUUGAGCAUUUAAAGCUUAUAAUAAACAGCCAAUAUAGUUAUCGUUCUUGGUGUGAACAGGCCUCUUGACAAAUGUAUCAGUAUUAUGUCGUUCGUGUGGCAUCAGAGAUUGAAAUUUGCCUUAAAAAUGACGAAUCUUUGUAGAAAACUGGAAGCUUUCAGAUGUUUUAAUGACCUCAAACCUUUAAAGACGAGGUGCAUGUAUAUGAACCAGUGCCUUACAGAGAGAAACAGAUUUACCAAAGAUACCAGUAUUUGUUAUUAUUAUUAAUUAUUAUGACGAUGUUCCGAGUCGCAAACGCUGUGCGUUUGUUAGAUUGAAGUAUACAAUUCAGUGUUAUAAUUCUUUUUAUAUAAUAGAUAUAUAACUUAUGCAUUUAAACACUACGAGUUGAUCUCAGCCAGCCGAACAGACAUUUAAUCAGAGACGUAGAGAAACGGAGCGGAGACGACACACUCGCGUGAUUCUCUGUACGGUGAACACGUGUGUGUUCGUAUGACGCUGGACUGGCGCGGCACACGGGCUCAAACCGACUGAACCCAGAUCAGAUCAGUUCGGUCACGCCCUGAUGCUCUGAGAUUGUUGACAAAGGGAAGAAAACAUAUAUUUGGAUAAAUUAUAUGGUUUUCUACUGAAUCAUUUUAAUAAACUAUUUUCAGCAA